UUGAAGCAAAAGCUGCUCCAGCGCUCCUCGGACCCUGCUUGCUCGCUGCGCGAACGAAGCCGAACGAAGCGAGUAUUUCUCUCACCUGAACUCCUGCUUCUUCAGCUGAGCUUCCCGUGUUUGCCGUCAAGAUGGUUCAUGAGUCCCAAGUUGAGAAUUACGCUCCAUCAUGAUUGAUCCUUUUCCUACAGAUUGAGUUGAGGAGUCUACCUGUUGCUUGUGACCAGCGUUGGACGCAACUUGAGGGCUGAAGCGGAUGAACACCGGAGACUUGCUGCGCCAGAUCCGCCGCAACAUCAGCUCCUUUUCCGUGCUCCCAGACUCGGAGGGCGACCUCUCCUGGGAUGGCGACGACAUGGCCACCGAGCCCGAGAUCAGCUUUGCCGUCCAGGAGCUACAAGCGUACUUCUCUGACUGGCAAGACGCUCAGACAGACAACUUCUGGCAGCGAAAGUCUAGAAAGGUGGUCAUCUCUGUGGUGGUUUGCGCCCAGGAGGAUGGAACCCUUCACGCGCUGCGAGGGAUGAACACCGAGGUCAGCUUGCCGUCCGGUUCCCUGUGCGCGGAGCGUGCGGGCAUCGCUCGGGCCGCCAGCGAGUUCUUCCACGCGAAGAGCAUCAAGGCUAUCGCAGUCCUGGACCCUUCGGGGGAGAUUGCACCACUAUGGCCCUGCGAGGUUUGCCAAAGCUGGUUGGCCAAGAUUCGAGAACAAAACCCCAGGAUCAGUGUGGUCGCUUUUCCAUGCAAAGACCAUGAGUUUAAGACCAUCCUGGUCCAAAGGAAUGGCAAAGACGUCCGACCACCCACUUGUGUGAGUCAGAAGAGCAGCCAAUUCAGCAAGCAUGUCUUGGAGCACACAUGAGCCGCGAUUUUUCUUCGAUCCGAAGGAGAGGAGAGCUGAAUCGGAAGUGAGACACCCCAGACUGACCUCCGAAAAAGCUUUCGGAUGGGGUGAAGUUUGCCAGGCUUCCAUGCGUAGAUACCCAUGACUUGCCCACAAAUAGGCUGGCUCAGUGGUGCGCAAGCACAGUAGCGAGCUGUAAAGAGGAGU